AUGUACCAAAAUAAUGUAUUGAAUGCUAUUUUGGCUUCUGAAAAAUCAAACUUUCAAUACGAUAGUGGAACAAUAUUAAGAAACCACAAAAGACCAAUAAUAACAUUUAAUAACAACAUAGAGCACACAGUAUCCGAACCUAAUAAUUUUACAGGCUAUGAGGAAAAGGAAGAUUUGGAUAUAAUGGAUAUUUGUCCUUAUUACCCAAAAGCAAGAAUGCUGGCGGAUGCCAUUCAACAUGCCAAAACGAGCGCAAGUGAAAACAAAAUGGAACUAUCAAUGAAAACUAUCCCAUGUCUCAAGAAGGAAAACGUCCAUGUUGAGAAAGGGCACGAUUGGUCUCAACUCAGUACGAGCAGAAUUUGUAAAAUUUUAGAAGACAUAGCAGAUAAAAAAAAUAAAACUAGAAGGCAAUCUGCCCCAUUACAAAAGACGAAGUAUUUCCCAACAAAUGAGAAUCAAAAUACCGAUAUAGAAAAUCAGAAUUGGUCCCAAAUCCCCAAUGAAGACAUAUGUGCACUUAUAGAGAAGAUUGCUAGCAGACGCAAUAAAAAUCGCAAACGGAAAAAUCUUUCAUGUUCUAAAGUCCAAGAAAUUCAGGGAAAUAUUGAUUUACCCAAAAAAGACGUACAAGAGGGAGAUAUUUCAGAUUCGUCUCUAUUUGCAGCAGUAAGAGGAACCAAAAAAGUUUCCGGAUAUGAUUACAAUUCAGAAGAUAAGAUACCUAAUGCGAUACGUCUUCCUUACUGUAAGCAAAUAUUACGAUUAUUCUCACUUUUACAAAUGAAGAGAAAUGACUUAAUAGUCACCUCUGAAAAUUGUAAUAGCGGAGUUUUCUUCAGCAAUUUUAAUUAUCAACUUCAAGUUAAAUCGAAUUGUAUUGCAAAUAUUUCUUCUACACUCAGUUUUCUACCCCAUCAUGAAAUAACCGUAUACACAUCCUUUAUUCUCUAUCCAAACGUUGUCGAUAAUAUUUGGGAAUGCACACGAUACGCUAUUCAACUUUUGAAGUCCGAAGCAGCACAGUUUACGCUACUGCGUGAUAUAUAUAGUGGCUUCACAAUUAUACUUUCAAAUCAUCGAUAUCAUCCUAAGGGUUUUAGCGCUGAUUACUGUUACAGUGCAAAUGAAUUGACAUUAUUUCUUUUUGUUAUUCGAACAGGGCAAAAAAAAGUACUUUAUCGAUCUAUUCCUCACAACACAGCAGCAAUUGAAAAAGACAGUUCUUUUGAUACAGAAAAUAGAAAGAGAAGGUCCGAGGAAGAGGUUGUUCUUAAAUGUAGGAAGUGUUCUAAUAAUUCAUUGGCAUUAAAAGAAAUCAGCACCUAUCGUUUGGAUAGCGCAGAAGGUUUUGAGAAGUCUCAGCCUCUAAAAGAUGAAGCAAAGCUCAGUGAUAUGAAUUAUGUACAAGGUAGUAUCAGCUAUAACAGGACUAUUCUUACCGGCUUAUGGAAAUUAUUUCACAGAUUGUGCUGCAAAGAUCGUUAUAGGAAAACCAAUCUGUCAGAAACAUUGUUCUAUGACGAUUCAACGGAAAGAUGGGUUAGAAUGGGAGAGUUAAUGCACUAUUGA